AUGGUUGACAAUAAAAAGAACAAAAAAACAGAAGAAAAAUCAUCCGGCAAAGUUUAUGCUGCUGAAAAAUUAUUGAGACGACGGCGAUACAAGGGAAAAACAGAAUAUCUAGUUAAAUGGAAAGGUUGGAAAACGAGACAUAAUACAUGGGAACCAGAAGUGAAUAUUAUCGAUAAACGAUUAAUCGAACAUUUCAAAAAACAUCCAUUGCCAUGUCGUUCUAGAAAAGUUCUCGAGGUUGUGUCUAGUGAAGAAGAAGAAGACAAUACAACCAAUGAGGAACCAAUAUGUAAUAUCAAAUUGGAAAAUAAAACAGAUUUACUCCCGCGUAAUAUUACAGCUGAAACAUUAGAGAAUAAUCAUAAUAAUGAAGAUGCGAGUAAAGAUUUAAAAUCGAUGUCUGUUAUUCAAGAACCUAUUGAAUUUUGGUAUCCAAAAUCAGUCGAACAAAAAUUUGCUAUUACAGAUGUCAUAUGUAAUGAUGUGACGGUAACUAUUCGUGAAUAUGUUAACCGAAUAUGA